AUGUCUUUAAACUACAUCAGAAACUUCUAUGAAGGAUGCCUCAGGCCUCCUACGGUGAUAGGCCAGUUCCACACCUUGUUCUUCGGCUCGGUGCGGAUGUUCUUCCUGGGCGUUCUUGGCUUCGCCGUCUAUGGGAAUGAGGCACUGCACUUCAGCUGCGACCCGGAUCGCCGAGAACUCAACCUGUUCUGCUACAACCAGUUCAGACCUAUAACGCCUCAGGUGUUUUGGGCGUUACAGCUGGUAACUGUGCUAUUUCCUGGGGCGGUGUUUCACCUCUACGCAGCCUGUAAGAACAUAGACCAGGAAGAGAUCCUGGAACGACCCAUCUACACCGUCUUCUACAUCAUUUCUGUUCUUCUACGCAUCAUUCUUGAAGUCAUUGCCUUCUGGCUACAAAGCCACCUCUUUGGCUUCCAGGUCCACGCGCUCUACAUGUGUGAUGCCAGUGCUUUGGAAAAGGCCUUUAAUGUGACUAAGUGCAUGGUGCCCGAACACUUUGAAAAAACCAUCUUCCUCAGUGCCAUGUACACCUUCACCGUGAUCACCAUACUUCUCUGUGUUGCUGAGAUAUUCGAGAUACUCUGCCGACGGCUUGGUUACCUCAACAACCAAUGA